UGAGGAGCCAACCGACAAUUUCUAAAAUGUAGUUGACCAUUUUUCUUAUAGCUGCGGAACUAUUUGUUCCUUAUUUUGUUACCUUGCCGCCUGGUUGGGAUGAUAUUUAUGUGGAAUUUUGUGACUUUUGAUAUAAUUAUGUAUGUGAUGUUAUAUGUCCGACUAGCUUGCUUGCUAGCUAACAGACUAGCUUGCUAACUGCGUUGCUUUGAUCACGUGAGCACUUUCAGCUGCGUUGAGUCACGGUUCCUACAGGGUUCUACGCGGCCUGAGCGGGACCAGGACACGCACGGGAACGGCCCGGGAGAAGGAAUCACAGGAGCAAAGUUGUCAUUGUCCUCCUACAAGCUGCUGGCCAUGGAGCUUCUGAUGGAUCGCCUGGAGACUGCAGUGUGGCGACUGGAGCAGGUGACGGCGUCCCGAGUCCUGACUGAUGGCGACCACGUCAACGGCAUGGAUGGAGCUGUGUGCGAGGGUGUGGACGCCUUCGAUGCACUGCUCAGAGGUCCCCUGGCAGAAUACCUCAACAUCAGCCGAGCCAUCGGGAGCCAAGUGGAGAAACAUGCGGAGAUGGUCAACAAAGCCCUGGAGACUCAGAAGACCUUCCUCAAAAUGGCGACAACACACCAGGAACCUGCGCAGAUGGAACUUCACGACCUCCUCAAGCCCAUCUCCGACCACAUCCAGGAGAUCCAGAACUUCAGAGAUCGAAACCGGGGCAGCGAGCUCUUCAAUCACAUGUCGGCCGUCAGCGAGAGCAUCCCCGCCCUGGGCUGGGUGGCCGUGAACCAGAAGCCGGGUCCUUUUGUCAAGGAGAUGAACGACGCCGCCAUCUUCUACACCAACAGAGUGCUGAAGGACUACAAAGAAAGUGACCGUCGCCAUGUGGACUGGGUGCGCUCCUACCUGUCCAUCUGGACUCACAUGCAGACCUUCAUCAAGCAGCAGCACCCAGUAGGACUCAUGUGGAGCAAGACUGGUCCUAUUGCUCCUCCUUCUCUCUUUGAGGGCCCAAGUGCUCCUCCUCCUCCUCCCCCUCCUCCACCCCCUCCCCCAGCGUUGUCCGGUGAAGACCCCCGGGCACCAGGCGACGUCUCCUCAGCAUCAUCUGCCCAGCACUCUGCUCUCUUCGCUCAGCUCAACCAGGGCUUGGACAUCACCAAAGGUCUGAAGCAUGUGCCGGACCAGCAGAAGACCCACAAGAACCCCCAACUGCGCUGCCAGGAAGCACCUGGGGGCCACGGUGCCAAAGCGGACUCCAAGAAGUCCCCCGAGAAGAGCGGCCCCCAGAAGAAGCUCCCCCUGCUGGAGCUGAAGGGCAAGAAGUGGAUGGUGGAACACUUUGAGGAGAGACCAGACCUGCUGAUCCAGGACACGGAGCUCAAACAGGUGGUCUAUGUCUUCGGGUGCAACAACUCCACUCUGCACAUUAAAGGGAAGCUCAACUCCAUCAUCAUAGAUAAGUGCCAGAAGAUGGGCGUGGUGUUUGAGAAGGUCGUGGGCAUCGUGGAGGUGAUUAAUUCCAAGGCUGUGCAGUUACAGGUGUUGGGUACAGUGCCAACUAUUUCCAUCAACAAGACAGAGGGUUGCCAGGUGUACCUGAGCCGUGAUGCCUUGCAGUGUCAUGUGGUUAGUGCCACCAGCUCAGAGAUGAACGUCCUGGUGCCACAAGGAGACGACGACUACAAAGAGUUUCCAGUUCCAGAACAGUUCCGAACCGUCUGGGAUGGAAACAAGCUGGUGACAGAACCUGCUGAGAUGGCAGCUUGACCAAGUCAUGUGACCACUGAUCCAUGACAUCAUACAUUGACCUUCUCAUUAUUUCAUCACCUUUUAUUUGGCCUUAAUUUAUUAUCAUUAUUAUUAUUAUCCUCAUAUCGUCAUUAUGGGGUAGGACAAAAAAUAAUUUAUUCCGAUUAUGAAUCAAUUGUAUUAAUAAAACUGUGUUAAUACUUUUA